AUGUGGCGCGGACGUUUCAUGGACAAUUUCCACGCGCCCACGUGCUGUGCCACGAUUUGGACAGAGUUGACAUUUGGAGCAUUACCAAGACCAAACAUCAUAAUCGCCAUGAAACUUCAAUUCACCAUCUCCACUCUUCUCGGUCUCAGCCUCUGCUCUCCAACUCCGGCAUAUGCGCACCUCCCUACUGUCCGCAUCCGCACCAUCGGUCCGGACAACACACACUAUACAUCAUCCAACCAAAGUCCCUCAGUCAAUGGACAUAUCAUCACACUGCCCAUUGGCAUAGCUCUGUCAUCACUUGCGCAAAAUCCUUUGCUGCUACAGGGCUUCGAAGUCGUGGACGCCGAGGUAGAAGGCGAAGUCUUUUGCAGGGUAAACAUCGGAUAUUCGAGCAAAGGAAUCGAAGCGAGGAAGGGAGAUGGAAUGGUCAUGCUGGACUCCAAGGGUGGUGUCGUGACUGUCACCGGAUUGACUUGUGGGACGGGAAGUGGGAGUGCGUGA